UUAUCACCUUUCCGCAUCUUCUUUGAUGCUUCUUUGCCGGUCGUUCGUACCUUAUUAUUCUAUGUUCGUACUAUUUCUAAAAUUUUACCAUUUCCACAGCAUCAAAUCAUUAAUUCUCAAGGUGAAGGCGUGAUGAUCACCGCAAACAUGGAAACUUAAAGAGACUCUUUGUCAAUGGACAGCUAUCUGGCUACUCUACUUGAUUCUUUAAAAAGAUCUCACUCAGUUUAACAGCCUCAAAAUGCGGCUGAACGUCGAUGGAUUGAUUGUCUAUUUUCCUUACGAAUAUAUUUACCCAGAGCAGUAUGCCUACAUGGUUGAACUCAAAAAAACCCUUGAUGCAAAGGGCCAUUGCUUGUUGGAGAUGCCUUCAGGUACUGGAAAGACGACGUCACUCUUGUCUCUAAUUUUAGCAUACAUGCACGCAUUUCCUUCUCAAGUCACUAAACUCAUUUACUGCUCACGUACGGUACCGGAGAUUGAGAAAGUUAUAGAAGAAUUGCGUAGACUUUUAAGGUACUAUGAAACGGAGGGUGAACAAAUCAAUAUUUUGGGUCUAGUCCAGAGUGCCCGAAAAAAUCUUUGUAUUCACCCAAAGGUAAGUAAAGAAAGUGAUGGAUGGAUUGUGGAUGGAAGAUGCCAUAGUUUGACAGCCAGUCAUGUUCGCGAAAGACAUCGCAAUGAUGAUCAAGUUCCUGUAUGUGAUUUUUUUGAGAAGUUCGAUGCCUGUGGCAAAGAGAUUCGGCUUCCUGUAGAUGUAUACAGUCUAGAAGAUUUAAAAAAGUUCGGCAAGGAACAUGGAAUUUGUCCCUACUAUCUGGCCAGAUACACGAUCACAUAUGCCAAUGUUGUUGUAUACAGUUAUCACUAUUUGCUAGAUCCCAAAAUUGCCAACGUAGUCUCUAAAGAAUUAGCAAGGUCGUCUGUUGUUGUGUUUGAUGAAGCUCAUAAUAUAGAUAAUGUCUGCAUCGAAUCUCUUAGCGUCAGGCUAAACAGAAAAAGUGUUGAAAAAGCAACCAAGAGUAUUGAAGUUCUAGAAAAUUCUGUAAAAAAAAUGAAAGAAGUAGAUGCCAAAAAGUUGAAAGAGGAAUACCAGCGGUUAGUUGAAGGACUGAGAGAUGCAAAUGCUGCGCGGGAAAUGAAUGAUAUUCUCUCAAAUCCUGUAUUACCAAAUGAAGUACUCAAAGAGGUUGUCCCAGGAAGCAUCCGUACGGCUGAGCACUUCGUUGGUUUUCUCAAGAGAUUCGUUGAGUACAUCAAAACUCGCCUUAGAGUUCAGUACGUUGUCCAAGAGUCCCCAGCCAGUUUUCUGAAAGAUGUUUUUCAAAAAGUGUGUAUCGAGCGGAAACCUCUGCGAUUCUGCGCCGAGAGACUAGCCUCACUCUUGCGCACUCUUGAAAUUUCCAAUAUCACAGAUUUCAGUGCUUUAACAAGGAUAACUCAGCUCGCAACAUUGGUCGCAACGUACACUAAAGGGUUCACCAUUAUCGUUGAGCCAUUUGACGAUAAAACUCCAACGGUCUCAAAUCCAAUCCUUCACUUUACAUGUCUCGAUUGUUCCAUUGCCAUUAAACCAGUAUUUGAGCGGUUUCAGAGUGUUGUCAUUACGUCUGGAACUUUGUCACCUUUGGAUAUGUACCCAAAAAUUUUAGAUUUUCACCCUGUGGUCUUGACAUCAUUCACCAUGACCCUGGCUCGGCCCUGUCUCCUGCCAAUGAUUGUCUCAAAGGGCAGUGAUCAAGUUGCAAUAUCUACCAGGUAUGAAACUCGUGAAGAUAUUUCUGUUGUUCGAAACUACGGUCAGCUACUGGUUGAGAUGGCGUCAAUCGUUCCUGAUGGGGUUGUUUGCUUUUUCACCUCAUAUUUGUAUCUUGAAUCAGUCGUAGCCAACUGGUACGAUCAAGGUGUUAUCGAUAACAUACUACGAAAAAAAUUACUCUUUAUCGAAACACAAGAUGCAGCUGAGACCAGUUUAGCACUUUACAAUUACAUGCAGGCCUGUGAUAAUGGACGAGGAGCAGUGUUGCUAUCUGUUGCCAGAGGCAGAGUUUCUGAGGGUAUCGAUUUUGAUCACCAAUACGGACGAGCUGUUCUUAUGUUUGGCAUCCCAUACAUGUAUACCCAGUCUAGAAUUUUGCGAGCACGCUUAGAGUACCUUCGAGACCAAUUCCAGAUCAGAGAAAAUGAUUUCCUGACUUUUGAUGCAAUGCGACAUGCUGCUCAAUGUGUUGGUCGUUGCAUUCGUGGAAAACUAGAUUACGGAAUUAUGGUUUUUGCUGACAAGCGGUUCUCAAGAUCAGAUAAACGAAGCAAGUUGCCCAAAUGGAUCCAAGAAUAUCUUACAGAUUCAUACUGUAAUUUAUCUACUGAAGAAGGAGUUCAGAUUGCAAAACGAUGGUUAAGGCAGAUGGCUCAACCUUUCCCAAGAGAGGAGCAAUUAGGGGUUUCUUUGAUGACUUUUGAUCAAGUUGAAAAGGAAUAUAAAAAAAACAACCCGGAACCUCAAGAGCAGGAUGAACCGAUGAUUAUUGGUUGAAAAUCAACUGCAGGCUUCACUGUCAAGAGCUGCUCAGAACCAGUGCGUCAUUUUAAUUCCUCCUGUGGAGUCGAGUGGAGUUUCCAUUGUACUCGCUUGUCUCACGAGCCUGGCCCUGCGGCUUAGUGGAUCUCUGAGUGGAUCCCUCACUGAACCUCUCACGGAACCUCGGAGCGAUCCUCGCAGAGGAUCUGAUUCUUGGUGUGGUAAAGUUGGCAACAUUUCGACUACGUCCCUCUCUCGAAGAUCCUCAUAAGAUCCAGCAUGUGAGUCCGGCCUAAGGCACACAGAGUAUUUGUUAUCUUUUGGGGUCUUUAUAUGUUGAUCAUUGUUUCAUGUUUCAUUUUUAAUUUUGGCAAAUUUUUUUUGUAGUGUCAUCUCAUGUCCGAUGACCAGUUGGAUCAAUGUGGUUAUUACUAAGCGCCAUAAAAGACAAUAAAUAUAUGUGUAAUCUGAUGUGAGC